AUUCGUUAAAAAGGAACCAUUAUGGACAGCAGGUACAACUUCUCAGGCAAGAAAGAGACCUCAAGAAGAAGUAUUAAGACUUGUGAAAGGAAAUGAGGUAAUGACGCAGCACAAUUGAAAACCAUGUUAUUGAAUGAACCUCUUCAAGCUAGAUCACAGGCCAAAAUUCAAGAAAUCGUAUCUUUAUCUUGCAAUACCUCCAUGGAUCAGUCAGACUUUGAACAAAUAAAACUUUUCAAGUCAAAAGUUAAUGCAGUCUCUCCUUCCCAGAUCAACAUAAAGUGCCCUAAAAAGUCUUCAUUACAGAGAGAUGGUUUUUAUUCGAAAUAAAAUGAAACAUAAUCGGAAUCGCCCAAGAAGGCCAAAGCUAGGAGCUAGUUUCUUAGAGAUGAGAGAGAAGCCUCAUAACUCAGAAAGUGUUAAGAAAAAUCAGAGGUCCAUAACUGUACGACUAAAGCCUGUAUCUAUUAACAUUGGGCUUUCAAAAUCAUCACAGAAAUCUAGAAAUAAUCAAUCCUUACUUCCAAAAACUCGCACUGAUUUCCAAAAACACAUGGCAAAACUUACGACUUCUUCUAAAGCCAUUCCUCCAAAUUGCCAUAAAAACUCUAAAAGACUCAAAAGCACACAGAAACCUCAAAGCGACCUCUUCUUCCUAACUAGCAACCUAUCAGAUGUCUCAAAUCUACCUAAAAAAUACAAAUACACAGUUUUUCCACCUGAAGAAGAGCUCUCCUUCCUAAAAAACCCACUCCAGCGCUCUCAGGACCUUGAAAUUUCUCAAAGAGCCUAACAAG